UCAUCAUCAUCAUCAUAACAAUAAUCAGACGGCGGCAGUAGGAGCAUGGUUUUGGUUGUGUCGCAGUGGUUUCAUAGAAUAUACUGCUUUCGAAGGAAACCGCAGACCGUCGUCGUCGCCGGGCCUCCCCGGGUCUAUACCAUUUGAUCAGGCCGCACGGUCCCCGUUGCCCAACUGCCGGUGCUAACGCAACAUGUCUGGAACUAAGGUGACAAUGGUGUAACAGCACUGCGAUCACUGCCAUGAGCCAAACAGAAAGCAUCACUGCCAAAACGGCAUGCCGCGACCCUUUCAAGGUCGUUGGUCAGGUCGAGGUUGGCACACAGUGCAGCUUGCCUCUGGCUGACAAGUCUGUUGGCGGCUCGUUCAAACCAGGGAGUGAGUCCAGGAGUGUGCAGACGACGGAGGCUGUGGAACAGUUAAGCUCCACCUCAGCAUCAAGGCCUUCUAUUUCUCCCACUGCCAAAAGUGACAACUCGGAGCAAGGAUGCCUCAACCAAUGUGACUAUGAGACUGAUAAUCUGUCUUCUCCAGAAACACAUGCCAGCGUCCAUACUGGCAAAAGGCCAUUUCACUGCCCUUUAUGCCCUGAGAGCUUUUUGCAAAAGCCCAACCUGCAAACCCACCUUCUCACCCACACAGGCAAGAAGCCAUUUCAGUGCCCUUUGUGCUCUCGGACCUUCUCAGAAAAAUGCAACCUUAUGAAACACCUGUCCACCCACACAGGCAAGACACCAUUUCAAUGCGCUUCAUGUUUUCGGAACUUCUCGGGAAAGGCUCGCCUGAAAGAGCACCUGCGCACCCAUACAGGCGAGAAGCCAUUUCAUUGCCCUUUAUGCCCUCAGAGCUUUUCUCAAAAGUCCAACCUGAAAACUCACCUGCUCACCCACACAGGCGAGAAACCAUUUCAGUGCCCUUUGUGCUCUCACAGCUGCUCACGAAAGGGCAACCUUAUGAAACACCUGAGCACCCAUACAGGCGAGAAACCAUUUCAGUGCCCUUCAUGCUCUCUGCGCUUCGCACGAAAGACACUUCUUGAACUGCACCUGCGCACCCACACAGGUGAGAAGCCGUUUCAGUGCCCUUCGUGCCUUCGGAGCUUCGCACAAAAGGCCGCCCUUAUGAAACACUUGCGCACCCACACAGGUGAGAAGCCAUAUCAGUGCCCUUCAUGCUCUCGAAGUUUCUCAGUAAGAUGGAACCUUACGAAACACCUGUGCACCCACACAGGGGAGAAGCCAUUUCAGUGCUCUUCAUGCUUUCAGAGCUUCUCAGAAAAGGCUCGCCUGAAAGCGCACCUGCUCACCCACACAGGCGACAAGCCAUUUGAGUGCCCUUCAUGCUCUCAGAGUUUCACACGAAAGGAUUACCUGAAAGAGCACCUGCGCACCCACACAGGCGAGAAGCCCUUUGAGUGCCAUUCAUGCUCUCAAAGCUUUUCACGAAAGACCCAUCUGAAACAGCACCUGCGCACCCACACUGGCGAGAAGCCAUUUGAGUGCACUUCAUGCUCUCAGAGCUUCUCACGAAAGGAUUACCUGAAAAGCCACCUGCGUACUCACACAGGCGAUAAGCUGUAGCAGUGCCCUUCAUGCUCUGAAAGCUUCUCACAAAACAUUUGGUUUAAAGCCCACAUGUGCACCCAUACAGGUGAGAAGCCAUUUAAAUG